AUGUCGGCAUCCGUUCAUUUGAACCCAGACGCUCAGCGUUGGACACCCGACGGUGCGCAAGCCGGGACAGAGGCCACCGUCCUCGCUUUCCACAAGACCCUCCCAGACUACAACGAGACGAAGCUCCAUUCCCUACCAAAGCUGGCCGAUGAGCUAGGCUUGCGCCACGUGCUGGUCAAGGAUGAGUCCAACCGCUUCGGCCUGCCGGCAUUCAAGAUCCUGGGCGCAUCAUGGGCCGUCUACCGAGCCGUCGGCGCUCAUCUCGGUCUCGACGUGGCGGACGGAAGCGUCCCGAUCGCAGACCUGGGGGCCAAGGCUAGAGAAGCUGGGGUUGGAAUUGUCACUAGUACGGAAGGUAAUUGCGGACGAGCUGUCGCGCGGAUGGCCAAGUACUUGGGCAUUGCGACGCGAGUCUUCGUGCCGAGCUACAUGAGCGAGACGACUCGAGAAAGGAUCAGAAGCGAGGGUCCGGAGCUUAUCGUCGUCGAUGGCAGUUACGAUGAUACAAUACCCGUGAUCCAGAAGGAAGCAGAAGCCGAGAACGUGGUCCUUGUGCUGGAUGUGAGCUUCGACGGGUUUGAGGUGGUUCCUACGUACUUUGUUGAGGGUUACAUUACAAUGCUGGCAGAGUCUGAUCGCCAGGUGCUGGAGGUCACGGGCGGCAAGCCAGCAACGCAUGCCAUUGUCCCAUGUGGCGCUGGAUCCAUCACAGAGGCUGUCACGGCGCACUUCAAGGGCACGGAGGGACGCCGGAAAUAUGGGACGGCUUCGGUAAUAGCUGUUGAGCCUGUUACUGCUGCCUGCCUACAGCAGUCCAUGAAGGCAGGGAGGUCCGUUUCAGUAAAGACCGAGGACACGAUUAUGGCCGGGAUGAACUGCGGGACGCUUUCUACCUCGGCCUGGCCAAUACUCAAAGCCGGGGUGGACGCAAGUAUCAUAGUGACUGACCACGAGUCUCAUGAUGCCGUGGAAGAGCUAAAGACCUCUGGUAUUCUGGCCGGUCCUUGUGGAGCUGCCUCACUCUCGGCGCUGAGAAGGGCGUGUACAGAUACACGAGCAGAGCUUGGCCUCGACGAGAACGCCGUCGUUAUUCUUUACUGUACUGAAGGCGCCAGAGAGUACGUGAUACCGGUCUGA